UGUAAAUAAAAUAUUUGUUGAUUGUCUUGUGAAUGCUUGACACGAUUAAACGAUUCUUAUCUUAUCCAAAUAGAAUAGUAAAAUAAAUUUCUCUCGCAUAUUAAAGCCAACUGGACCCGAAAGUGAUCUGAGAUCAGGAACCAGAAGAGGUGAUUGCUCGCUGCUGACGUGUCUGCAAUAGAAUUUUCGAUAUGGCGUCAAAGGUUAAUGAAUUUACGGUGGAAAUGACUUGUGAGGGCUGCUCUAAUGCUGUUGAGCGGGUACUGAAGAGAAAAGAAGGUAUUGAGUCUUUCAAUGUUGAUUUACCGGGGAAAAAAGUUUUCGUGACUUCUGAACUGCCGUCUGAUGAAAUUCUGGAGUGUCUCAAAAAAACUGGCAAGACUGUAACUUUUGUCGGGGUAAAAAAUUAAAUUAAUUAUCAAUUUCCCAUCAAUAAAAAAAUUAAAGUCUCUAAAUAAUUUACAAACCCAAGACAAUAUAUUAAUUACAUUAAAAAAUACUUAAGUAUUAAAAUUGAUGCUACAGUCCGAGUACAAGACUUAUUUUAAACGUUAAUUUAAUAAGAUUUUUUAAUUAUCUGGUGGCUAUGUUUAAAAUUAUCAAAUUGUUAUAAAAAGGUUUAAAUAAAUAAUUUUAAAUAUA